AUGAUGGUAUCAAAGGACAGGAGACAACAAAGAGAACUUGAGCAGAACAGAGUCAACUUUGCGACUUGUCAAAAUGAAAUGACGCAAAAUAAGGACGAGGGCAGCUUGAAAGACAAAGUUUUGGAAGAUCGAUUCAGAACGGUGCGGCUCAUAGGAACAGGAUCCUUCGGCGAAAUAUACCUCGGAGCAGACUUGUCACGUGACAGCAACUCGGUCGACGUAGCAAUAAAGGUCGAGCCGAAGCGACUCCGCGGUCAAUUAAAAUUCGAAAGCCACGUCUACGAAAUCCUCCGAUCGGAAAAUGGCUUUCCUCAUUUGCGCAAAUUCGGCGAGGACAAUAUUUUGAGCGUCAACUACUUGGCGAUGGAUUUGCUCGGACCGACGGUCGAGGAUCUCUUUAACUUUUGCGACAAGUCGUUUUCGCUAAAGACGAUUUUGAUGCUCAUUGAACAACUUUUGUGCAGAUUGGAGUGUAUUCAUUCCAAAGGGCUGGUUCACCGUGACAUCAAACCAGACAAUCUGGUCAUGGGACUCAACCACAUGUCUAAAACCGUGAUGAUGAUCGACUUCGGCAUCGCGAAAUUCUUCCGAAAGCGAAAUCAACCUUUCGACCACAUUCUCGAAGACGAUUCUAGAGGCAGUCGAGGGAUCAUCGGCACUCCUAGAUAUUGCUCUGUCAAUGCUCAUAGAGGAACUCGUCUUUCAAGAAGAGAUGAUAUGGAAUCCCUAGCAUAUGUGAUCGUCUAUUUUUUGAAAGGAAAGCUUCCUUGGCAAAAUAUUCAAGUUCAAGGAAAGUUCAAAAAGCUGGAAGCAAUUCACGACAAAAAGAAAAACACCAACUUCAGCGACUACCUCUCCGGAUUCCCGAAGGAAUUCGUCAUCUUCGUCGACUACUGCCGCAAUUUACCCUUCAAAGCAACGCCUGAUUAUAUGUUCCUAAGAAAUCUAUUCCGUUGCCUUGGCCAAAAAUGGAACAUCCAAUACGAUCUCAAAUUCGACUGGAGCAAGCAAAAAUAA